GCAGGAUUACUGUCCUUAUCCUGAUGACAAAAAUUGCAACCUGAUCUGUCCAGCCUUCCCUAAGAGACACUGUAAUCUGUUUUUGUAAGACUUUUUGUGUCUGCAUCUGGAAGACUUCAUCUAGAAGUGCAGGUUCAAACAUUAAUAAGUGCGGUGGUUAACUGAAGGGCAGGGAGGGGGCUGGCUACACUCCAUUGUGCUGCAUUGGUGAGAAGGAAGAAAAAAAAAACCACGUCAGGAAGGCAGGAUGUAGCAAAGUGGGUGUAUUCAUUUGUGCAAUAAUCUGGUUUGCCAAGGAUGAACCAAAUAUUUUUUUUUUUGACCAAAAGAGGUUCUGAUUCUCCCAUCCUGUCUUUAAAUAGACAUCUGCCAGCUGCUGCUCUUUCCAGUUGUUCAGGAGCCCUCGAAAGAGUUCGUCUCAACUUCAUCUUUUCUAUCUUAUUUUGCUCUGGCCGAAAUAGACAAGCAGCAAAGACGUUUUCCGUUUUUUAACCACUGGAUAAAGAGUUUUUGUGGUGGAGAUUUGAAUGGUUAAGACUGCAGGGACAUAUUUUUGUCUUGGGAGACCGAUAUUUUCAAUCUGACCUGAAGGAUGACUGAAGGUACAUCUGAACCUUCUUUUAUUGCUAAAAGUGAAGACCGUUUAUUUAAAUAUUUAUUUGAAGACUAUGAACGAUGGGUUCGUCCAGUCGAGCAUUUGAAUGAUACCAUCAAAGUGAAAUUUGGUCUUGCAAUUUCCCAGUUGGUGGAUGUGGAUGAGAAAAAUCAGUUGAUGACCACAAAUGUUUGGCUAAAGCAGGAAUGGGUUGAUGUAAAGCUGAUGUGGGAUCCCGAGGACUAUGCCGGAAUAACAUCUAUCCGUGUCCCUUCAGAUUCUCUAUGGAUUCCAGACAUUGUUCUAUAUGAUAAUGCAGACGGUCAUUUUGAAGGGACGUCUACAAAGGCCAUAGUGAAGCACGAUGGCACUAUUGUUUGGACUCCACCUGCAAACUAUAAAAGCUCUUGCACCAUUGACGUCACUUAUUUUCCAUUUGACCUCCAGAACUGCUCCAUGAAGUUUGGCUCGUGGACAUACGAUGGUUCUCAGGUGGAUAUAAUCCUUGUGGAUGAAGAAGUAGACAAAAGGGAUUUCUUUGAUAAUGGAGAAUGGGAAAUAGUAACGGCAACGGGUAUCAAAAGGAACAGAACUGAUGGAAGCUGCUGGUACCCCUUUAUUACCUAUUCCUUUAUAAUUAGGCGCUUGCCUCUCUUUUACACGCUCUUCCUCAUUAUUCCAUGCAUAGGGCUGUCUUUCUUAACCAUCCUCGUCUUCUAUCUUCCCGCCUACGAAGGUGAGAAAAUCUGUCUCUGCACUUCCGUUCUGGUCUCGCUCACCGUCUUCCUUCUAGUCAUAGAAGAAAUUAUUCCCUCUUCUUCUAAAGUCAUACCUCUGAUUGGCGAGUACUUGGUCUUCACCAUGAUUUUUGUGACUUUAUCUAUAGUCAUCACUGUCUUCGCUAUUAACGUUCAUCACCGAUCCUCGUCAACGCACAACGCGAUGGCACCAUGGGUCCGCAAAAUAUUUCUCCACAAGCUUCCCAAACUGCUUUGUAUGAGAAGUCACGUCGAUAGGUACUCCGUACCAAAGGAAGAAGAGACCACGGGCACCCAGGGAUCCGAGGAAUCUAGGAAUACCUUGGAAGCAGCCUUAAAUUCUGUCCGGUACAUUAUAAGACACAUUGUCAAAGAGAAUGAAGUACAUGAGGUUGUGGAUGACUGGAAAUUUAUAGCUCAGGUGCUUGACCGUGUGUUCCUAUGGCUGUUCUUUCUGGUUGCGGUUACUGGAUCCCUGGCCCUGUUUCUUCCUGUAAUUCAUAAAUGGGCAAGAAAAAUAGUACCAGUCCAUGCUGGGAUUGUUAAUAAAUAAGUGUGUGAGCAGGGGCAGAAC